UACAUGGCUUAAGUAUUGUUGCGUUGCCACAUUCUAUAGACAAGUUGGUUUAUUUAAAGUACCUUGAUCUUUCCAAGAAUAAAAUUAAAGUUCUCCCUGGUUCUAUUAUUAGAUUGCUUAAUUUGCAAAUGUUAAACCUUAGUGAUUGUAUUUGGCUUAAAGAACUACCUGAAAACAUUCCAAAAUUGGCCAACCUCAGAUGUCUUGAGAUAAAUGGUUGUCAUAGUUUGACUCACAUGCCACCUGGAUUAGGGCAAUUGACUUCCCUUCAAGUAUUACCAUUAUUUAUUAUGACCCAGGAACCUGAAGCUGAUUUCUUCUCCAAGUAUUGUAGUGGUCUAGCGGAACUACUCAUUGUGAAAGAGAAACCUAGAGCUAAUUUCUUCGCCAAGCAUUGUGGUAGUCUAGCCGAAUUGAACAAGCUAAAUAACUUGAGAGGAGAACUAUGUAUCAUACUUAAUCUGGCGCGGGUGAAAAAUGCUGCCUCAGAAGCCAAGGCUGCGAAUUUGAAGGAUAAGCAACAUCUUAGAAGGUUGAAAUUACAAUGGGACAGGCAGAAGGCUAAGAAGGGUAAGGAUGUCGAAGAUGUUCGUAAUGAUGAAAAUUUAAUGAAAGGCCUUCGGCCACACCCAAAUUUAAAAAAUUUGUACGUGGAAUGGUACAAGGGUGUGAGAUUUCCUAGUUGGCUUGCUUCAUUGACAAAUCUUGUUGAAUUAGAAAUAUCGAAUUCAAAGUGCAAUCAUCUACCACCAAUGUAUCAACUCCCGUGUCUCCGAGAUCUAUCUCUUAAAUAUAUGCCUAAUCUAAAACGCAUAGCAACCUCUUCGCAUUCCUUUUCUUCAUACCCCUCCCCUUCUCUCUCCAAAUUAAAGUCUCUGUAUUUGAUUGAGAUUCUGGACCUAGAGUUUCUGGCAGAGCAGUGGUUGCAAAACCUGGCUUCUCUCGAGAAUCUAACAAUUGAGGCAUGUGCUGGACUAAAAUAUCUGCCUCUGUCUCGAUCCAUACAACACCUCACCUCCCUCAAGUCGCUGGAAAUUAGGGGCUGCGAGGAGGUUGAUCUGUUCAGUGAUGAUGAGAUACGAUUUUUUAGUGUUACCUCUUUGCAAACUCUCAAAAUUUCAGAUGUUCUGUGCUUGAUUACUUUACCAGUGUGGAUUGGUAACCUUACAUCACUUCAAGACCUUGAAAUUGAGGGAUGUCCCAACCUGAAAUCACUUCCUGAAGGGAUCGGCAAUCUCUCCUCCUUACAAUCCCUAAUAAUCAAUGGUCAGUGUCCGCUUCCGCUUGAAAGAAAGAUACCUAAAUGGAGGCGAGGAUUGGCGUAAGAUUGCUCAUGUCCCAUAUUUUCAAAUCAGCAACUAAUAUGCUUCCGCUUCUUUGGGCAGAUUUUUUCAAAGCAGAAUUAAAAACAACUGAAAGGUGGCCGAGGAAACGUGAAAGGAUGGCCUACAAUUGCUUGCAUGGACGAACCAAUUCUUCAAAUUCUCAGAUAUGAGACAAGGUCAGAAUUCUAAACCAGCUAGAGUUGGUGCUCCUUCAAAAAAAUCUGGAAAUUCAGAGUGCCACUUGCUUUGGGAAAAUAGUUUGGCAAGGAAGAACUGAACGCCAAUGCUUUCUCGUUACAAUUUUCUCUUGAAGAGGUUUUUCAGAAUUUAGAAAAAGACUCAUUAUUCUGUACAAAUAGAAGAUUGGGAGGCCUCAAAUUCAUGCAUGUUUUCAACAAAAAACGCAUAUGCAUUGUAGUCUUCAUCAUAGGCAAUUCGCCCUCAGAGCAACAAACCUUGGUUGGAGAAUACUUUGGUGUCAAUCCCACAUUGAAUUUCCCAGAGGCAAAAUUCAUAAGAACCAUUUGGUGCUCAUCAUUCAACUCUGAUAGAAUCGAAUCUUAGGAGGGGAUAACAGAGUUUUCAUUCCACUUAAAAGAACUUUUUGACAAUUUUGGUGAUACGAAGGAUACUCAUUGGUGCUCACAAGGUUGUGACAACAACCAGGAGGCCUGAAGUGUUAAGAAUGAGGCAUCUAACUGCCCAAUAAUGCAAGCUCAGCAGCCUGCUAUGACAGUACUAACAGCAUGUGCAACAUCUCAUGCAAUGCAAACACAAAAUGCCUCAUGCGGCAGCCUUCUUAGUGCAGUAAAGGCUAACUCAAUUAGAUCAGCAUGUGGGGUUAGUUCUGGUGUAACUGAAGGCCUUUAGAGCAGUAAGAGAGUUUGUUAUGGGUUGUUUGGAGAUUAGUUAUUUUAAUUGUAGCAUGUGAUAUAAUUCAGUGCAGUUUUGAUCAGUUGUAUAUAAUUCAGUGUAGCUUUGAUCAAUAUUAAAAUUUGAACGAUGUAUUCUUUGGAAUUAGAGAGACUAACACCCAAGUGAAUUCAAAAAAAUAAUCAGGUGGAAAUAGGUGGGGACUGCUCCGACACUGCUCAAUUAUCCUUGAGAUUGGAAGAUUUUUGGAGGAUCAUACACUCCACUAUUUGUAAAGAUAUGAGAGGUGGUCAGAAUUCUAAACCAGCUAGAGUUGGUGUUUCUUCGAAAAAGGCUGAUGCAGUUAAUCAAAGUACAAAUCCUCAAUUUGCACGCAAGAUGCUACGAAUGUCAGUUUCAUCUUCUACUUCAGAAGUUCUACCACCUAAGUGGACCAUCAAUUUUUUCGUUCAUAUAAGAAUGUUGCAAGGGCUCUGUUAACCACUGAACUGCAUCCAACAUAAGAAAAUAAAUAUUUUAGAAAAAAAGAUUCUUGGCCCUUGGACAAUAGCAGACUUUGCUAGUACAAUUGAUGAUGAAGUGAAGCAGCAAUAAGGGAUAAAAAAACUCGUCAUGAUUUUAUUUAAGUCUGAUUUGUAUUGACAACUUCAAUUACAGGAGAACAACGGUAGGCUGCAUUUUAGAAUUGGUUAUUCACAAAGACAUUCACUGUAGCUCAGUCUGUGAGAACAAUUUACACUAUUAAGGCCUAGCAUCAGUGGAUUCAUCU